GGGGGAAACUAUAACGUCGCAGUUGCACACAUUCAACGGAAACCGAUACAGCCAUCGGUCAUGCCGCUUUGGGCCGAAGCCCUUGAACGGCCAACGGUUAAGAACCUCUUCGCAGUUGGGUUAAGAAAAAGAAAGCGACAAAGAAUCCGACAAAACCGUUCCUCUCUUCUUUUUUCCUCUCAGUGGGGCAAACAACCAUUUGAAGCCAACAACUCAGCAUCAAAGAGAGUUCUCUUUUUUACCGGUUACAACCACAAGUUCAUGAUAUGAUCAUGAGUACUAAUAAUCGUAGCCAUACGCUCUUCGGGUUGCAGUUGGUUAUUUUGGUGCUGAUUUUGCAACUGACUUCAUCAUCGGGUUGGUUUUUUUCAUCCAAUAAGGAGAGUAGUAAUAAAAACAAUAACAAGAAUACAAAUGGAGAGGAAACUAGGAUGUUUCGCAAGGAUUCUAGGGCGGAAUUCUCCAUAGAAUCUUUCAAUGACCAAAGGGGGAUCAAGCACGUGGAGGAAGCCAGGGACAAGAUGAUCGCGCCGUCUUCGGAAGGUUCGUGUUGGCAGAAUGCGUAUGGUGGUUUGCUUGCAGGAUGUUCCAAUGUUUUUGUUGAGGAAGAGACCAGGAAUAGAUUUGCUUGGCAUCUCACUGACUGCUUUUUAAGAUACGCCGGAAGGCCGUCUUUACCUAAAUGUGACCUAAAAUCUCCGGUGAAAAAAUGCCUUGAGGCAGUUGAUAGAGACUCCAGUAAUGUUUACCUCGAGUUCCAUCUCCAGGCCAACUCCAUUUGCCAUCAGUUACAAAUUCCAGCUUUUAGGCAUCAAACAGAGAGGUUGGUUAAUGAACUGAAAAAAACGGCUGAAUAUGCAGAGGAAAAGCUUGACAGCAUUGAAGCGCAAGCGGAGCAAUUGUUGCGAAAUUCAAAACAUGUUGAUGAAUACCUGAGUUCAAUUGAUGUUCGGGCGCAACAACUUGAAGAAACCUCAAAGAAUGUGGAGAGCCAUGUACUUGAAGUGUUUGGUUACUCGAAAGAAGUUUAUGAGCAAUCUAAGGCUAUUUCUGCAUCUCAGUUGGAGCUUGCUCAAAGUCAAGUAAGGAUGAAAGAGAGUUUGGCUGAAGGAAUGGCCCUGGUUAAGGAUUCCUACACUAAUUUGGGACAAGAGAUCACUAGCUUGAGGGAUGAGGCUGUGGAAAUAGAGAAGGAGGUCAGUAGGGUUGGAAAUGCAAUGUUUUCGAAGAUGGAUACUCUUCAAAGCAAGGCUGAUAACAUUGGCAAUAUGGCAGAAAGUUCUUUAGAGAAACAAAAGGAACUUUUAGAUAGACAAUCUGCGGCUCUAGAUGGUGUUCAUCAUCUUGCAGAGUUUAGUUCCAUGGCGCUUGAAGAGAGCAGGGGAAUCUUGCAGAAGCUGACAGACAUUGGGAACAAACAGCAAGAAGAACUACUUGAAAAGCAAGAACAGCUCAAAGAAGCACAUGAUCAGCUUGUUGAGAAUUCGAAGGCGAUAUCAGCAGCUCAGGAAGCAUUUGAAUCAAGGCAAGCAACCAUGUUUCUUGCCUUAGAAAAGCUAUUUGAUUUACACAACAGAAUGUUCCUGGCAUCUAGAAUGUAUAAAGCCUUUGCACUUUAUACAUUGGUGUUCUUUCUUCUAUACAUGCUUACAAGCACAAGGCAGACAUACAAUGUGAGGCACGUCGUUUAUAUAGGAUUGUUUGUCACAAUGGUGAUUGAAUUGUGUAUAAUCUGGUGGACGACAUACGAUACUGAUAAACAAGAAUGGGUGAUAUCUAUUCUUAGAUCAGUUUCGGGAAUCCUUUUGAUGAUGCAACUUGGAUAUUCCGUCUGCACCUACAGAGACUUUGAAGUGUUGAACCACAAGAUGCUUUUGACACUCAUGGGUAAGGUUUCAUGUAUGCAAAAUAACAAACAUUAUUCAUCGGACGUGGAAGAUGAGGAAGAUGAUGAUGAUGUUGAUUGGUCUAGGUGGGUCGACACCGACCUACCCGAAGAUGUGGGUUUAUUGGAAGAUCCUGACUACUUAUCCCUCCAGGAGGAGAUUGCAGAAAACUCUGCUACAUCUAGUUCAGCCACAAGGAAAUACAACCUCCGGAAUCGCCAUUAGCAACAACAAUUUAUGUUGAUCACAUCAUCUCCAGAGUUAAGUGGCGAACUAAGGAAGAGUUUCUGCUCUACUGAGCUUCCUGGUUCAAUCUGCGCGGUCCUGGCCUCAUAUUUUAUUCCUCCCAAAAUGCCAAAUUUUUGCAGUUUUAUUCAUGUUUUUAUAGUGAAUGAACGGAGAAUAGGUCAAGACAUCUUGAUUUUCUCGCAGUAUGUAGGAGCUAGCAUUAUUCAUUUUUGUUUCCCUUCAUCUGAUUGUUAAUAUUAAACUUAUUAUUGAUUAACAAACGUAGAAUGCUAUAGUUUGGACCCCAGACCUUGUUCUUUCCUUUAUGAUUAACUGAAGUUCC